AUAAAAAUGCACAAUUUCCCUUAACGCCGCGACGGACCGUACCAUAAAAUAGGGGUCCCUACAUAUUGGAAAUUACCAAGGCGUUUAAGUGACGUGAAGCUGUGGUCAAACACUGCGCCGACACACAGCCCAACCACACCUUGGGUUUAAAUAAGAGAGGGAGAGAGCCAGUUGGUAUAAGUGACACACAGAAUCAAGGACAGCAUCUGGCAGUGCAUUCACUUAAAGGAAAGGAUGGCAGCUUGGGACCUGUCAGUCACAGUGGAGGAACUGGGCCCUGAAGCCCCACCCAUCAAAAUCAGUGUAACCUCUGACCUCCACAUAGGCGGGGUCAUUUUUAAAAUUGUAGAGAAGACACAGCUGCAGUGCGACUGGUCUGACCACGCUCUGUGGUGGGAGCAGAAACAGCAGUGGGUCCUGCGCACGUCCUGGACGCUGGACAAGUGCGGGAUCCACGCCGACGCACGCCUCCUUUUCACACCCCAGCACAAGGCCCUGCGGCUGGGCCUGCCCAACGGGGUCACACUGCGCCUCCGCGCCUGCUUCUCCAGCCCUGUGUUCCGCACCGUCCACGGCAUCUGCCAACUCCUCAAUAUCCGUUAUCCAGAGGAAAUGUCUCUGCUCCGGCCUGUGGAGGAGAAGAAGAAAAAGAAAGAUAAAGACUCUGCGGAAGAUGAGUAUGACCUGACCGGUGUGCCGCUGACCUCAGGGUCGGUUCCAGUUCUGAACAGCGGCAUGCCAGUCCAUUUCGCUGAUUCCCCCAAGACUCAGGCCAUCUACAAGAUGCUGGUUGUAAGCCAACCUUCUCCUUCCCCUGAGAGUAUCGCCAAACUGUACAGACCGGCCAGUAAGGUGGACAAAACGCACAUCCACACCAGGUGGCUGGAUUCAUCGCGUUGUCUCUUGCAGCAGGGAGUCCAGGAGAAUGACAAGCUAUGGCUUCGUUUCAAAUACUACACCUUCCAUGACAUGGAGCCUAAGUACGAUGGCGUGCGCCUGACCCAGCUGUAUGAGCAGGCGCGCUGGGCCAUCCUGCUGGAGGACAACGACUGCACCGAGGAGGAGAUGAUGCUGUUCGGUGCCCUACAGUACCACAUAGGCAAGCUGUCUCUGUCUCAAGAAGUGAACUCCUGCCAGGGCAUGGAAGACCUGGAGUCUGCCCUGGAGUCUCUGGAGGUCAAGAUGGUGGGAGAAAAUAAAAGUGCAGAUGUGCUGGAAAACAUGACCGCUCCGGAACUGAAUGACUACUUGAAAUUAUUUCGACCCAAGAAACUAAGUCUGAGGGAUUACAAACAGUACUGGUUCAAGUUUCAGGACACAUCUAUCUUCUAUUAUAAGAGCAAAGACGAAAGUUAUGGAGAGCCAAUCCAACAAAUGAACUUGAAGGGCUGUGAAGUAGCUCCUGAUGUGAACAUAGCUGGACAGAAAUUCUGUAUUCGACUCCUGGUCCCAGCUCCCGAGGGCAUGAACGAGGCAUAUCUGCGGUGUGAGAAUGAGAAGCAGUACUCGGAAUGGAUGGCGGCUUGUAAGUUGGCCUCCAAAGGGUUGACCCUGCUGGACAGCUCCUACCAGAAGGAGGUGAAGAACAUCCAGACCUUCUUGGCGAUGCAACGCCCCAGCUCAUCCGCCUCCACUGCACAGGUCGAUGAGAGCAUCAACACGCUGAGCCUCGUCUCGCCUCGCUACACCAAAAAAUACAAGGCCAAGCAGUUAACCAUACGUAUCCUGGAGGCUUAUCAGAAUGUGGCUCAGCUCUCCCUGAUGGCAGCCAUUUUGAAGUUCCUCCAGAUCUGGCAGUCCCUGCCUGACUUUGGCAUUUCAUAUUUCAUGAUCAGGUUUAAGGGCAGCCGUAAAGAUGAGGUCUUGGGUAUCGCAAACAAUCGCCUGAUGCGCAUUGACCUUGGAGUGGGAGAUGUAGUGAAAACCUGGCGUUACAACAACAUGAGACAGUGGAACGUUAACUGGGACAUACGACAGGUAGCAAUCGAGUUUGAUGGCAACAUCAACAUAGCUUUUAGCUGUGUGACUGCUGACUGCAAAAUUGUGCAUGAAUACAUAGGUGGCUACAUCUUCAUGUUGACUCGCGUACGAAAUCCCAGCAACACUGUGAACGAGGAGCUUUUCCUCAAACUCACUGGGGGGCAUGAAGCGCUCUGACAGCCAAGCAGCACAGAGGAUCGUAAGCAUUAAAACACUAGCAGCCGGACAGGAUUCAUUAUGUGCAUUCAAUAUGUGCAUGGCUUGUUUUUUAAUGAAAUGAGCCUUCCCUGGCCCUCCAAAAAUGAGAUCACAGCUUGAUGAUGGGGUUGGUGCACCAUCCAAAAAGAACUGCAGUGUAUGCUGGAUGUCUUUCAAAAGAAAAGAUAUAUGACUCAUCAAAGAUAAUCACUUUUUAAGGCCCUUACCACAGAGGAGCUGGGUGAAAUUGUACAGUCUUUAAAACAGUGAUUCUCUGGGUGUCUAGUUGUCAUUAAGACAACUUAGAAGUUUACUCCUGUUUGAAAGAUUUGAUAUUCUAACAACACAAUUUCAACCAUAAUCAAACUUUUAUUGUGUAUACAUUAAACUUCAUGCAUAUUUAUUGACUGACAAGUUUGUGCCAUGUAAAUGUAGUCUAAAACAUUUAUUCUGAUCCAUGACACAGAAAAACAAUUUGUGCAGGAAUAUCUCUGGAAACAAAACAAGAUGUGGGCACAAUAUUUUUAUGUUCUCUACUUAUGAAUAUAAAUUAACAUUUUGAAUUACUUCACAAUAAAUAAAGACAAAAUAAGA